AGCAAAGACAUCAUAAUCAUGAGUCUUUUUGGGAUUGGAACAAGGUAAUCACUAAUUUAUAAGUGAUUAUUUGAUAUAAGUGAUUAAUUGAUGCUCUGUUCUUGUUAUGCUGUAAUCAAGUUUCUUAUUAUUUUUUGUUUCAAUGGAGCACGAUUCUUGUUUCGGAAUUCAUCGAUGCAUCAACUUUUCGUGAUUUUUCCAUGAUUUCAGAAACAGCAAAACUUUUCGUCCGAAGAAGAGUUCUCCAUCCGGAAACAAGGGAUUACAACUGAAGAAGCACAUCGACGCCACACUAGGAAGCGGCAACUUAAGAGAAGCCGUAAGGCUUCCCCCCGGAGAGGAUCUCAACGAGUGGUUGGCUGUGAACACUGUUGAUUUUUUCAACCAAGUAAACAUUCUCUACGGCACCCUCACCGAAUUCUGCACUUCUUCGAGUUGUUCAAUAAUGUCGGCAGGGCCAAAGUAUGAGUACAGAUGGGCAGAUGGAAUCACAAUAAGAAAGCCCAUAGAGGUAUCAGCUCCUAAAUACGUCGAAUAUUUAAUGGACUGGAUCGAAUCUCAGCUCGACGACGAGUCCAUUUUCCCCCAAAAAUUAGGCAUGGCGUUCCCACCGAACUUUCUGGAUGUGGUGAAGACCAUAUUGAAGCGGCUGUUUCGUGUGUACGCGCAUAUAUACCACUCGCAUUUCCAGAAGAUUGUGAGCCUAAAAGAAGAAGCCCAUCUCAACACUUGCUUCAAGCAUUUUGUUCUGUUUGCAUGGGAGUUUUGCUUAAUCGACAAGGAAGAGCUCGCGCCUCUUUAUGAGAUCGUUGAGUCUAUUAUACAAUGCUAGAAUUUUUUGUUUUUCUUUUUGUUGUUGUUUUCGUUCUUCGAUUUUUGAAGGUCAUACGGUAUGGUAGUAGCGUAGUCGGAACUGGAAACACAACUCUUAUCAUUGAUCCAUUGUUGAUACGUGUGCGGUGGUGAUUUUAUAUUUUUCUAGUACAAUCGAACGGAUGAUGAAAUAUAGAA